AUUUUUUUCUCAAAGAGCCAUGUCUGGAUAAAUCUGUCUACUUGAGCUGCAUCUGUACGUCAUAGUGCUUUAAUCUCAUUCAUGAUUUCAUAGCUUUUUACGAAAACAUCUCUCAAACAGUUGGAGGUUUUGGGGUGUACAGGCGACAGGUUUGCUUCUCCAGAAUUAUUCUCUUUUUCGCCGUAUGUCAAUUACUGACCGUUAGUGCUUGGAACGUAAUCCGGCAACAUAUAUCCUGCAUCUAAAUUAUUUAAUAUUUUUCGGUUGGAGUGGAUGUCCCAAGCUCUAACUAAACGGCGUAGCUUCUGAUUACCCCCAGAAAUUUCCCUUUAGAUCGUAUAACCGUCGGUUUCAAUUUCAAAAUGCCGCCUAAAACGAAACUGGUGCCGGUCCUUACCCCACUUCAGCAGUUACAAUCCGAGUACGGAAUCUUGCACCUCAUCUACCACAGAAACAAAAACCAGCACUGCAAUGCGUCGUGGUGGAAACACCUAAACAUUCUUCAUCGCCAGUUGCGCAAGAUUAUACUCUUGAGAGAUGGAAAAGAAAGCCCCAGUGGUGGAGGCAAAUGCUCCCCUAAGUACCAGCACCGCGUGCGGGUUGCGGACUACCUUGUGAACAAGAUCAUCCCAGGUGCGUAUCGGCACUUUAACGGGAUCUUGAGGUUGGGCCAGUUUAUCACAUUGGGUAUGGCACUAAUCGGUGUGCUAGGAAAGGUCUUUGUGCUCUUAAAAUCCAUGUUUGGCUCAUCGUUUCAGACAAAACCCCAAGCAGGUAGUUUUACCAGCGACGAAAUGACCAAAGGUGCAGUUGAUGAUUUGGGAGAAGAACUAGGGGAGAUGUUGGAACCACUAGACCCGAUUCCGGAACCGGCCAUGCCCAAGACCAGAAAGCGAAACGUAACCGAAGAGGGGCCGCCGAAGAAGAAGAGUAAGGGUACUAGCAUCGACAGUAUCUUUGGUGGGAAGAAGGCCAAGACAGCGGGGUUGAAGACCAAAAAAAAAACUAGCAUUAAUGAUAUCUUUGGCGGAGGAUUCUCAAGCAAGUCAAAGAAGAUGAAAGGUAACGACUAGAUCUGCCCGAAGUCAAUUCUGCGUAACUCCUACGGAUAUUUCUGUGUGAAUACCUCAACAGAUAUCCCAGGGUAUGCCACUUUGCUGGUUGAAGCACAGGUGUUUCUACCACAUCGGAACAUACAUUACAACUCGUUCUUUGUGAUAUUUCCCUCUAGCUGGGUGAUUGACAGCGAUUACGCCUCACGCUGCGCAUGCAACCAUUCGCCUCUAAAAGGCGUAUCUUUUGAUGUACAGGCCCAAUUGUUUAUGCUGUUGAUCCACAUUUCAAUGGAAAACCUUGAGUCGAAUAAAUCCAUCAAAUUUGUUAUUUUCCGUUUACAUGUAAACUUUAACCACGCACCUUAACAUUG